UCCUAGUUAACAAAGAGCAACAAUUUCAACCUAUUAUAUUCAUCUCCUAGCUCACUAACACAAUGGAUCCAUCCAUGUUAUCAAAAUCACACCAAACUCCUAUCUUCUUCCAUUUGACCAUAUCUCAUGAACUCUGAACUUUGAACUCUAAAUCAUUUUUUCAAAAUCACCGACUUUUCCUUCUCCAAGCCAGCUAGCUAGCUUUAGACAAACCCCAACCAAACCCACCUGAACAACAACAGUGCCUUAAUUACAAAAACCACAUAUUUAUUUUUUUAUAUUAUUCCUCGGUUCAUAGAUUACUCGAAUAAUCUGAUUCAAAUUGAGUAGUGUCAAUAGACGACAAAAUUAUUCUUCUUACCAAAUUUUAACACAGCUACUUUCAGAACCACUAUAUAUCCCACCAGAAUCCACCAAAUAUAGAACACAUCUUCUACUCAACACAAACACAUACAUAUAUCUUGUACUCAACACAUAUAUCACUUAACAUCAUCAUAAUAACUUCAACAUGUCCGCCGCUGUGGCUGCCGCUGCCGCCGCCGCCGCCGUCUCUGGCUACCACAACUCCUCCAACAGUGAACACAAAGAUCAGUUAUUACCAUUAACACCAAAACGAUCAGUGCAAGUCACUGUCCCUUCACCUCCUUUGAGCAGGUACGAAUCCCAAAAGAGACGUGACUGGAACACCUUUGUUCAGUACCUCAAAAACCACCGUCCACCAUUAACUCUCUCACGUUGUAGUGGUGCACAUGUUCUUGAGUUUCUUCGUUAUUUGGACCAGUUUGGAAAAACUAAGGUUCACUCUGAAACAUGCGCGUACUAUGGGAAUUCACAUCCACCAGGUCCAUGUCCAUGUCCAUUGAAGCAAGCAUGGGGUAGCCUUGAUGCUCUCAUAGGUCGAUUGCGUGCAGCUUUUGAAGAAAACGGUGGGACCCAAGAGAUGAACCCUUUUGGUGCACGUGCCGUGAGACUCUACCUUAGGGAAGUUAGAGAUGCUCAAGCCAAAGCUAGAGGCAUAGCUUAUGAGAAGAAGAAACGAAGAAAACAACAACAACAACAACAAAAGCAAAGUGGGUCGUCGUUAAUGGAGGAACAAGUGAAUGAUUUAGGGUAUGGUGGCUUUGUUCAGUUGUCCAAUUCAAAUAAUGGGACAACUCCUAAUAGAGUUGCUGAUUCAGUUUCAUAUUUCUCAUCUUAGUGCGUAUAAUUAUGAUGCAUCCAUGUGUGUGUUUGAGUGAAAUGAAAUGACAGGAUUCUAUGCAUGAUUGUUUAGUGUGGUAGGGCUCACAGAUGCACCAAGUGUGGUCUUUAUUAAUAGCUUAUCAGUGUUGUGUUUCUAAUUAUCAGUGGAAUUUCGUUCCAUGCUUUGGUCUUUGGGGUAAGGCAAAAGUUUAUCGA